AUGUCUCUUCGAUCCGUGGGCACGGCGACCGGCAGCAGCAGCACAGCAGCAGCAGCAGCACAGCAGCAGCAGCAGUACAGCAGCAGCAGCAGCACAGCAGCAGCAGCAGCAGCACAGCAGCAGCAGCAGCAGCAGCAGCACAGCAGCAGCAACACCAAAACAGAAGCAACAGCAACACAGCUGCAACCGUUCAUCAGCAUCAACAACAGCAGCAACACAACAAAACAGCAGCAGCAACAACAACACCAACAGCAACACAACAACAACAGCAGCAGCAGCAGCAGCAGCAGCAGCAGCAGCAGCAGCAGCAGCAGCACCUUGACGAGCAUCUCAGCAAAGUGCGGGAGAAUUUCUGCGGGCUGA